CGAAUUGCAGGACGGACAAUCGGGAGAACAGAUCUACCUGCUUGGCAACCCAGUCGUGUACUUUCUCUGUCUGCUGUGUCCGCUGUUGUAUGCGCUAGUGGGGUCGGUGAUGGUUCUACGUGCACGCAGAGGAUAUCAAGACAUUGAUAGAGCCAGGAGUACUAGAUUGACGUCUUUGCUAUUCAUGUGGGUGGGUAUGGCAUUGCACUACUUCCCCUUCUUCUUGAUGGAGAGGCAACUAUUCUUCCACCACUAUCUACCGGCCCAUUACUUCAUGAUUCUCGCCGUGGCGGGUUUUACAGAUGAGGUGCUCAAAAUCGAGGUAGUGAGCCGCCACAGGCGUGCGCUGUUGGGAGGGCUUUGUUUAGUGGUCUUCUGGGGCUUCUGCAAGUUUGCACAUUUGUCGUACGCCUAUCCCAUUGACUAUGCUUACUCGGAGAGUGUGCGUUGGAGGAGUACGUGGGACAUGAUGCGCAUGGAAGACCCUUCUAAACCCCUGGAAUAGAUUGCAUUUCGGGUUGUUUAUGGAAAAUUUACUUUCAUAUAUGUAGAGAUUUAAAUAUAUAUACGUUGUAGUCUAGUAUGUCGAUAUGUAUGGUAAUUAGCUGCUAGCCGUUGCGAAUAAACAGCUGCAGAAUCGAUGAACGAUCUUAUACUCAAAUCAUACAUACAGGCUCGGUGGUCGUGUAAGGUCAACCGGAUCGAGUCUAGCCUUUUCAGUCGAAGCUUUACCUCCGUCCGUCGUUGACGAUAUAGUGAGCUCUACAACCGACACGCAUUGUCCUGUCAUGGGAACCACCAAACAUACAGUAUACAUGCAAUAUACACAAGCACAACAAUAGGAUUAAGUUGUCCCUGUCAAUUC